AUGUUGCGCUGGUACCAAUCCAAGUUGGCGAAGAAGCCCAUCCUCACUGCAAGCAUCACCAGCGCUAUCCUGUUCGGCAGCGGAGAUUGCCUAGCACAACAAGCUGUAGAUCGAAGAGGUCUUGAGAAGCAUGACUUUGCCCGGACCGGGCGCAUGGCUUUAUACGGCGGAGCUGUCUUCGGUCCAGUUGCUACCACCUGGUUCGGCAUCCUCCAGCGUCACGUCGUCCUCAAGAGUAGGGCAGCCACUACCGCCGCCCGUGUUACUGCCGAUCAACUGCUCUUUACUCCGGUACAACUCACCUGCUUCCUAUCCUCGAUGGCUAUUAUGGAAGGUGUCAGCCCCGUGGACCGGUUGAAGAGCGCAUUCGUUCCCGCCUACAAGGCCAAUUUGAUGGUCUGGCCAUUUGUGCAGAGUAUCAACUUCACAUUUGUUCCCCUAGAGUUACGGGUGCUGGUGGUCAACAUCAUUAGUUUGGGCUGGAACUGCUUCCUCAGUUUGAUGAACAGUGGCGAGGAAUUAUAA